UUUUUUUAAUUAUUAUUCAAACUCCCACUCCCCAUCUCUCUCUCAAAUUCGCAGAGAAGAAAGAAUAUUAUGCUACCACCCAGGUCGGUUUGGAUGGACGGAGAAGAAGAAGAAGAAGAAGAAGCAGCACCCAUGAUGAUUUCUUCUUCAUGGAACAACAACAACAACAACGAGAUGGACGACGCGGAAAUGAACAUGAACAUGAACGCCUCUCUUUCAUCCUUCAAGUCAAUGCUCGACAACAACCCAGUUGAUUCUUCUUCUUCUUCUGCUGCUGCUGCUGCUGCUGCUUUCAUUAACAACAAUGGGAAUGCCAGUGCUUCUCCUUUUUAUAACAUUAAUAAUGAUUUCUCCACAAACCACCUUUACUUCAAUCCUCCAUUGGACUUGGACUCCUCCUCCUCACUCUCAAACCCCCCUUUCAUUCUCGACAACCACAACCAGAUGCCCCCCAACAACAAAUCUCUUGUAAUCCCUAGUCUAUUUAACAACAUUUUCGACAACCCCUUCGAUUUCUCCUCCUGCGACCCCCCUUCUUUCUUCCCUUCCCUUGACCCUCCUCCUCCUCCUCCUCCUCUUUUCAUGGGUCCUGCUGCUGCUUUCGAUGCCUCCCUUACUUCCCUAUUUCACCCCACUCCCGACUUCUUCCCUCUUCCUCACGACACCACCUCCGCCGCCCCCUUUUUCGAGGGUUUUGAUUUAACUAACAGGUCUAAAUUGUUGAGGCCCCUUCAAGUUUCCCCGCCCCUUGGAGCACCACCCACUCUCUUUCAGAAGAGAGCUGCCCUGCGCCACACCUCCAAAAGCGAUCAAGGACUCACGAGUUUGGAUGACACUGUAGGGAUGGAGGAGUUGGAGUGGGGAAAGAAGAGGAAGAGGAAUUACGAGGACGACGACGAGGACGAAAUGGACGAUGAAAUGGCUGCUGCUGCUGAUAUCUCAACUAUCAACUAUGAUUCCGACGAGCCUACUGAUAAUAAAUUAGGGGGGGAUGACAAUGCCAACAGCAGCAUUACAGUUGGGGCUGGUCUGAAAGGAAAGAAGAAGGGGGGGAUGCCAGCCAAAAAUUUAAUGGCAGAGAGGCGUAGAAGAAAGAAGCUCAAUGACAGACUCUACAUGCUUAGAUCUGUUGUCCCCAAGAUCAGCAAGAUGGAUAGAGCUUCAAUACUUGGGGAUGCGAUUGAUUAUUUAAAAGAGCUAUUGCAAAGGAUAAAUGAUCUACACAAUGAACUUGAAGGUACCACCCCGUCGUCGUCGUCAUUGGGAUCUAUGAUGCAGCAUCAAAGUACAGCAAGCUUCCAUCCAUUGACACCAACUCCUCCUACUCUACCUUAUCGCAUUGUCAAGGAAGAACUUUGCGCUAGCUCAACUCCCAGCCCCAAGAACCAGCCUGCAAAGGUUGAAGUAAGGUUGAGAGAAGGUCGGGGUGUGAAUAUACACAUGUUCUGUGCGCGCAGACCAGGUCUCUUGCUCUCCACUAUGAGGGCUCUGGACAACCUUGGACUCGACAUUCAGCAAGCUGUCAUUAGCUGUUUCAAUGGCUUUGCUCUCGAUGUCUUCCGUGCUGAGCAAUGCAGAGAAGGUCAGGAUGUUUCGCCCGAGCAGAUCAAAGCAGUGCUUCUGGAUUCUGCCGAGUUUCAUGGUGUUAUGUAGAAUCCACUCUUGUUCAAACAAUCUACCUCUACCUCCACCUACUCUUCUGGAUGAUUUUGGGACCUUAUUAAUAUAUAUAUAUGCCAAUCUCGUGUUGUUGUUUUUGUUGCUGUUGAUUAAUAUUUGUGAAUUUAGUUUGUUAGUAUUAUAGCAUGUUGAUGAACCAACUACAAAAGUCAGAUUGAUGUAGUAUGUUCAACUGUUGUAUGUAGCACAAUUAUUGGAAUAUGAGCCAGUCUUCUAAA